CCUCAGCCACCGGGAAGCAAGCACUUGGAAACUUUAGAAUCGUACGUUUCCAGAGCCUUUGUCGUUUCGUCUCCUUCUUGGUGCUCUUGGAAAUCAUUGGACGUAUCAAAAUAUCUAAUCUUUGUUAUCCACCAAUCCCAAAUCCUAUUUUAGCUUCUCCACAAUCUGUAGAGGGCUCCCCUGAUUUUCCUGACGCAAUUCCCAGCCUACACCACUGAAACGGCGCCGUCGUAUGAACCCCAAAUCAACUAUUUGUUUCUGUGUUUGAUGCUAGAAAUCCCCAAAAACCAAAAAUUUAAUAACAGAGUUGCAAACUCUGCGUCAAAGUUUCGAGCUUUAUGGCGGUAACCAACAUGGAUGCUCCGCAUGAGAUUUUGGAGAUGGUGAAAAUAGAGUACACGGACUUUGUGGUGUUUCUGGGUCCUCUGUGGACGGCUUUCCUUAUUGGUAUUGUGAUUGGUUGGGCAUGGAAGCCGAAGUGGGCAACAUUUGGUCAGGAAAAACUAGGCUCCUCUGUUUCUAAAGUCUUGGAUUCGUCUAUGCCUACUUCGCCGGCUAGGUCUGUGAUGUCACCACCCUUAAAAGGGUUCUCAUCAGCACCGUGCUUGUUCCAAGGCUAUGAAGCUUGGUUCAUUAACCAUGCAGUGCAGAAGAGGCUUUCUCCCUCGCCUAUCGAAUUUGAUGACCACAGUACCUGUACAUCGCAGAUGAAUGAGAAGAAGUCUAAUGUUGUGGCUCAGGAGGAUGUAGAAAAUCUAUGUCGGCUUGUAGAUAUGAAAGAUGGAGGUCCGGCUUGGAUACAUAUGAUGGAUCGUUCAACUCCAACUAUGGCCUACCAAGCUUGGCGUAGGGAUCCGAAGAUUGGUCCUCCUCAAUAUCGUAGCAGGACUGUGUAUGAGGAUGCAACGCCGGAGCUAGUGAGGGACUUUUUCUGGGAUGAUGAGUUCCGGUUAAGGUGGGACAACAUGCUUAGUGAUGCCACAACCUUAGAUGAGUGCCCAACCACAGGAACCAUGGUUGUUCAGUGGAUAAAGAAGUUCCCGUUCUUCUGUAAAGACAGGGAAUACAUAAUAGGACGUCGAAUUUGGGAGUCAGGAAGGAAGUAUUAUUGUGUGACAAAGGGAGUACCCUAUCCUUCUAUUCAAAGGCAUGACAAACCAAGACGUGUGGAUCACUACUACUCAAGUUGGUGCAUUCAAGCAGUGGAAUCAAGACACGGCAAUGGCCAGCUGACUGCAUGUGAAGUUCAACUGUUUCAUCAAGAGGAAACGGGAAUCCCAUGGGAAAUUGCAAAACUUGCUGUACGAAAAGGAAUGUGGGAUACUGUAAAGAACAUGGAGUCUGGUUUACGUGCUUACCAGAAUGAGAGAGCGUUAGGUGGAAUAAUUUCUCGGCCUGCCUUUCUGGCUCAGAUCAACACCAAAAUAAAUCUAGAGUACCUGAAAGCCUCCGCUGGCACUGAGGAUUCAUCACAAACUGCAGUGGUGACUACAUCUGACAAACCUUUCAGUGGGAACAUACGGAAUCUUAUAAUUGUUGGUGGGAGUAUUCUCCUUGCAUGCACUCUUGACCGGGGGUUUCUGGUGAAGACAGUAAUAUUCGGUGUGGCCGAUGUGGCCAGGAAGUUUGCAAAUGUGGGGAAGAAGUCAAAACCAAAGUGAUUGGAUCUAAUCCAAGAACUUCGAUAGGUAUGCUGUGAUCUUCAUCCUGAGUAAUACCCUUUUCCAUGUCUUCAACAGGAGAGAAAUUAAGAGCACACUAGUAUAGUUACUCAUAUAAGAAAGAGGAGACUGUUGAUUAAUUAAUAUAAAGUAUAUGAACCCUAGAGUUGUAUCAAGAAUACGGAGACAUUUUGUAGCUGUAUAUACAUUAACUGAUAUUCUUUAGGUUUCCACACUGCUGAAUUAGGCAGUUCAGCAUGUGUAACUCAUUGGAAACUAUCAGAAACAGAGUUUACAGAGUCUUCGUUGCU